AGUGGAGGAGCGGAGUUAAGUCGAGGGAGCAUCACGUCCGCGGAAGUCCCUGAGGCGGCCUCGGCAGAGGAGCAGAAGGAAAUGGAAGAUAAAGUGACUAGUCCAGAGAAAGCUGAAGAAGCAAAGUUAAAAGCAAGAUAUCCUCACCUGGGACAAAAGCCUGGAGGCUCAGAUUUUUUAAGGAAACGAUUACAGAAAGGGCAAAAAUAUUUUGAUUCUGGAGAUUACAACAUGGCUAAAGCAAAGAUGAAGAACAAGCAACUGCCCACUGCAGCUCCAGAUAAGACAGAGGUCACUGGGGACCACAUUCCCACUCCACAGGACCUUCCUCAGCGGAAACCAUCCCUCGUGGCUAGCAAGCUGGCUGGCUGAUUAAAAGAGCUGAACUGCAUGAAUCUUCUAAUUCCCAUUAUUUCUCGUUAAUAUGUUACUUAUCCACUUCUGUUUCCUUUCAUUCACCAAGUCUUUUGAGACUGACAGCUUUGCAGGUAGCGGUAGUGUGUGCUGCUAUUGUAAGGGAACUAUUCCUGUGUAGAGGUUUUGACUAGCUUAACACUGCACUGAUGAGAGGGACAUGUUAGAGCAACCUAAGUAAUCUACUUGAAAAUAAUUGUAUAUAUUACCUAACUUCUAAAGUAGAACUGGUUCCAACAAGUAACAAAGCAAGUUGUACCAUUUUAAUGUUCUGGCUUUCUUUCUCCUUCAUCUUAAUUAUUGCUUCGUAUGCUAACUCAUGUUUAAUAUGACCUCCAUUGUGUUGAUUUCUUUCGUAUUUUCCUUCUGGAUUUUGUAAAAUGAAAGCUUAAGACCACAAGUUGGAAGAAAAGUCAUAUAACUCAAACACAAGCUGAUGGGGCUCCAAAAGAUUGGAAUAACUGCUUAAACUUGAAUAGCCUUCAUCCUGUCUCGGCAUUCACAGUAGAAUCUCCCUUAGGCAAUAUUUGUCCAUUCCGGUGUAACGUGUGGCUUCAGUGCUUAGCAGCUGUUGGUGAAGCUCGUCCCUGGUUUUGUGGCGUUACAUACAACCCUUUCAUUGUGGAACAUGUGAAUGAAGUGCGCAUGUGCAGUGACUGUUGCAUUCACUUUUGUGCCAUUUUUGUAAAUAAAAUAGUUUUGCACAACCUUUCACAAAUGUUUGUGUUAAUUUCACAUAUUAGAAAGUAGAUAAUGUGCCAACCAGAAGCACAAGAGUUCCUUAAAAAAAAUGUCCUUACAGCUUUUGUAUAAUAAGAAUAGUUUACAAUUUGGGGCUUAUAGAAUACCAAACUGAAUUUGUGGCUUGGUCUGCCAUAGGAUUAAGCUUUUUCAUUUGCUAUUAAUAUCCAUGACUUUCAGUGGCCUUGUGCAAAUAUGGUAUGUUGCUUAAGCAUAUCUUUUGUUCUGUGCAGAAAAAAAUCAUUUUGAAAUUUUCAAUUCAUAUAAUUUAUAUAAACUUUUUUAAUGUAAGCUUGUCACUUCCACAUUCAACUCUGGGGACACUAAAGGGCUUGCACAUUACGCCACCUCACACACCACCACCACCACCACCACCACCACCACCACACACCCCCCGUUUUCUUUACUCUUAGUGUUGGGCUGUUUCCUUUAUAUGAAAGCAUAAGUGGACACUGUAUUUUAUAACAAUAAUGAUGUUUUCUUUCUAACUUCUCAGUUAAUCACUCUUAAUCCCAUAUUGCUAAUAGUUGACAGUUUAAGUAAAAGGAAUUUUUUUUCUUUUUGCAAUGCUCGGGGGUCAAGCUCAGUACCUUCCACUUGCUAGGCAAGCAGUCUAUCACUGAGCUACAGCCUCAGUUCUAUAGAAACUAUACAGUUAAGUGUAGUUAUGAAGAUGCACAGGAAACCAUCAGGGGAAGCAUUCUAAAAGAAUUAGGCCUGUGACAAUUUACAUGGUAGAUAAAAAUCAUUCAUAUUAAAGCAUUUUGAUAAUUGCUUCUGUUGUCAUUUUAAUAAAAUACCAAUUUACUU